GCUUUAGUUAAUGACGCCUCCUUUUCCGGGAGAUUUGAAAGGUUACAAAAUGUCAAAAUUUCAUUUCAAAAUUUGUGAGUAAUUUAAUCCCGGAUAUUCAAAUGCACCAAAUCAUAGUGAAUUGAUAAUGUAUUAGUGAAUAUGACGUGUGCUCGAUGUGGCUCUGGAGUUUAUGAAGCAGAAGAUCAAAUAACACUGAAUAAAAUUUGGCAUAAAUGCUGCUUUUCUUGCCGUUGUUGCAAUACUAAAUUGGACAAAUGCACGGCAAAAAUUUUUCAAGGCCUUGUCGUGUUGUAUCUUCUCCGAGUUGUAUAUGCAUUAAAAAAGGAGGUGCUGCUCCAAACAAUACAUCUUCUUUUGAUUAUUCCGAGAAAUACGAUAUUUGCUCAGGACCUGAACAAAAAGUUGAGUGCCCGAAAAUUGUUCAAUCCUGUAGUUGCCUAGUCGACACCAAGAAAAAUACUAAACCGUACUGUUUUGCGUUUCCGAUUCCCAGAGAAGUAGCGAAUUAUUAUAAUAGAAGCAACAUGAGAAAGACAGCGAAUAUAUACAC